AUGGAAUCGAAACAAAGUGACCCGUUUAGGCUGUUGAUGGUGUUUAUAUUGACUGUGCCAUUGAGCGCAGUGACAGUGAACCCUACGCUAUGUCCUACGAACAAAAUCGCGCCACAUCGGAGGAUAGACCAAUAUCAACCGCGCACGUUUGGAGCAUUCUACGACUUACUAGCGCCUGGACCAGGGCUUGGCAACCAGCCUUACAACCCUAACCUACAGGAGCAGCCACUGAAGGAUGAGUUCGAUGACUGCGGGGAUAUAGAGGACUACGAUGAAAAUGAUCUAAGCUCCUUGACACCAUCGUAUCUGAGACGGCAAGGUUAUGCGGACAGUAGGUUGUUCUUAGGCCUAUUCGGGAGCAAUAGACCUUCGCAGCACCCGCAGCGUCCGCAACAACCGCAGUACCCGCAACAACCACAGUACCCGCAACAACCACCGUACCCACAGCAACCACAGUACCCACAAACACCACAGUCCCCUCAGCAACCGCAGCGGCCGCAGCGGCCGUACCCCCCGACCAGACCGCCAUAUGCAUCUGGAGGUUACUUCGGCAACCAACCCUACCGCCCGCCGAUACACCAUUAUCCUUCUGACGACAUCAAACCAGUACAUGACGCCGAAAAUUUCCCAGAGCCACAGACGACGUAUCGGCCCCAUAUAGUCGGGGGUCCCAUAGGACACGUGGUCGGAGUAACCCCUGUCUCAGUGAGGCCCCAUAGGCGACCGGACCCAACAACAGAAGCUCCUUACCAGCGCUACACAACACGACCAACACAACAACCUGGUUACCAAUACACCACUACACAACAACCCGGUUACCAAUACACCACAAGACGACCAAGGCCUAGAAAAAUACACAAUGGAAACGACAGUAUAUUUGGUUCAUUCUUCGAUUUAUUAUUUAAAUGAACAUUGUAAAUUAAAAUACUUAAAUUAAUAUUAAUUAAUUUAAAUAACAUUAAAAGUGAUAA